AUGGAUUCGGGAUAUGUUACUGCUGGUUUCCUAGCAGGCACUACCUUACUUUUGGGAUAUUUACUCAAAAAAUCAUCAUCGUCAAGUAAAGAUGAAUCAUCAUCGAAAACAUUGACAAAGGAAGAAAUUGAAGACAUGUUAGCAAAAGCUAGCAAGGAAAUCGAAGCAGGAUUAACAUUAAAUGCUUCCGAUGAGAGAACUCAAAAGCUUAAUGCUUUAAAACAACUUGUAAAAUGUGUCUACGAUCUCUACGAUAUUCAUUAUACUGAGAAUUUACCAGUGAACAAACAAAUUGAUUGUGAGUGUGCAUACGGAUUUAAACGUGAUGAAUUCAAGGAUCCAGCUGAAAAGCUUGUCGGAAAGAUCACAGCCCAUAAUUCUCUUUUAUUGUUUCUAACCAGAGUUCGUGCCACAGAAUGGGACUCAAAUCCAGAAGAAACACAAUUCCCAAUGCUCUCUAAAGCAGCUGCUCUUUUAAAAAAGAAAAAAGUGAAAAUUAGUAUUGCAGAAGCAUACGAUGGAGAAAAGGUGGAGGGAAAUACUUUUGUAAUGUUUCCCGAGCAAGUGAAAUUUACAAAUGUCAAAGAUGAAGUUGAAUUGGACAAGCUUAUCAACUUUGUUUUGACUGGUCAGGGAUCUUCCGACGUUGACACCUCAAAGAUUGAAAGAAAUAUCAACCAAAGUACUAUUUUAAUUUGCUGUCAUCAUCAAAGAGAUCAACGAUGUGGAUACUGUGGUCCAAGAUUGUACGAAGCAUUCCGUGAUUUUUGUAUUAGACAACAAGUAGACAUUGUUUUGAGAAGAGUGAAUCAUUUAGGAGGUCACAAGUAUGCAGGAAACGUUGUGUGUAUCUAUCAAAACAAGAAAAUGCAAAAACAACCAUGGUUCAUCGAUUGGUAUGGAUUUGUGGAUUUGAGAGACGCAGAAAGAUUAAUGUAUGCCCAUUUCGAUUUUGUUGACAAUCCACAACCAUCAUACAGGGUUAUUAAGGAGUUGUGGAAGGGAAGACCAUCCAUGAAUAAGGAAAUGUUUGAAAAGUUUUUAAUGAUGCAAUAA